GCGUGUUAACAAAUUGUUGAAGAAUAACUCAUUGAUUAACCUCCAACAAGGGCUAGAGUUUGUCGUACAAACCCUUUGAAAGAAGUUACUUGGGGAAAACGUGCACCUUUAUUACAUAGCCGUCAAUUUCCUGAUAUUAUUUUGGACGAUUAAACAGGGCAGCUGCAAUGUGGAUUCAAGUUCGCACCAUGGAUGGGAAGGAAACCCAUCGGGUGGAUAACCUAUCCAAACUUACCAAGGUGGAUGAGCUGCGUCUCAAAAUCAUGGAGCUUUUCAAGGUGGAGCCAGAGAGGCAGAGACUUUUCUAUCGUGGCAAACAGAUGGAAGAUGGUCAUACCAUAUUUGACUACAACGUUGGCCUCAACGACAUAGUGCAGUUGCUUGUUCGGCAGAAAGCCCCCGCUGUUGAUGUCGUCAAAAGCAAAGACAAAGAAGCUGAGCUCUCCGACUCAGAUUCUGGCUGCGGCUCAACUCAGAGCGAGUCUGACAAGAACUCGACCCACGGCGAGGUCGAGGGCCAAACUGCUGGGACCUCUGCUCAGAACACACCAGAGCUUGUAUAUCCUGGGUUUGGAUUUUACAAGAUCAAUGAGCUGGUAGAUGCAAGAGACCUGAACAUGGGAGCGUGGUUUGAGGCCCAGAUUGUGAAGGUCACAAAAGCAACAAAGACGCCCAAAGAAGAGGCUGGUGAAGGACAGGCAGAAGAGGAGGAGAUCCUGUACCAUGUUAAAUACGAAGAUUACCCAGAGAAUGGUGUGAUUCAGCUGCUGGCCAAAGAUGUUCGCCCACGGGCCCGUACCGUCUACCAGUGGCAUCAGCUGGACCCAGGAAUGAUUGUCAUGGUCAACUAUAAUCCCGAUGACCCCAAGGAGCGUGGAUACUGGUAUGAUGCUGAGAUCCAGAGGAAGCGGGAGACUCGCACCAUCCGAGAGAUCUACGCCAAGAUCAUUCUUGGUGAUGCAGGAGACUCUCUUAACGACUGCCGGAUCAUUUUCAUAACUGAAAUCUAUAAAAUCGAGGAGCCUGGUGCUUCGAGUGACACUCCAGCUGGAACCGAGAGCCCGUUAAAACGAUCAAACGGGCCUGAAUGCAAGCAUUGCAAGGAUGAUCUUAAGAAAAACUGCCGUUGGUGUAACUGCCACAUCUGUGGCAUCAAGCAGGAUCCUGACAAGCAGCUGCUGUGUGACGAGUGUGACAUGGCCUAUCACACAUACUGUCUGAAUCCUCCACUUACCACCAUCCCUGAAGACGAAGACUGGUAUUGCCCCGGUUGCCGUAACGACACUAGCGAAGUUGUUCUGGCUGGAGAGAAGCUGAAGGAGAGCAAGAAGAAAGCGAAGAUGGCUUCUGCAAGUUCGUCUAGCCAGAGGGACUGGGGAAAGGGAAUGGCUUGUGUGGGUCGAACCAAGCAGUGCACCAUUGUCCCGUCCAACCACUAUGGCCCGAUUCCAGGCGUCCCUGUAGGCUCCCUGUGGAAGUUCAGAGUGCAGGUCAGUGAAUCUGGUGUUCACAGGCCUCACGUUGCUGGAAUUCAUGGCAGAAGCAAUGAUGGUGCCUAUUCUCUGGUCUUGGCAGGAGGCUAUGAAGAUGAUGUGGAUGAUGGGAAUGAGUUCACCUAUACUGGCUCCGGAGGGCGAGAUCUGUCUGGGAACAAGAGGACAGCUGAGCAGUCAUGUGACCAGACUCUCACCCACAUGAACCGGGCUUUGGCUCUCAAUUGCAAUGUUCCUGUUAAUGAUAAAAACGGUGCAGAGUCCAAGAACUGGAAACAAGGCAAACCAGUCAGGGUUGUGCGCAGCUGCAAGGGACGCAAGCACAGCAAAUACUGCCCUGAGGAAGGAAACCGGUAUGAUGGGAUUUACAAGGUGGUGAAGUACUGGCCAGACAAAGGCAAGUCUGGCUUCUUAGUGUGGCGUUACCUGCUGAAGCGUGAUGAUGAUGAGGCAGCACCGUGGACCCGGGAGGGGAAGGAGCGCAUCAAGAAACUUGGUCUCGUCAUGCAGUAUCCUGCUGGUUAUCAAAAAGAGAAGGAGAACAAAAAUGAAGUAGAGGAGGAAGCGACACCCAGUAAGGCGAAGAGGAAGAGAAAAUCUCAGAGCAGCGAAUCCACUAAGACCUCACCUGCCAAGUCUCCCAAGAAGAUCAAGGUGGAAGCAUACAAGCUUUCACAACAGCAGAAAGCCCUCAUAAAGAAUGACAAGCAAAACAAGAAGCUGUGGGACGAAGCUAUGGAGUCACUGUCUCUUGGACCGAAAUUCCUGAGCAAGGUUGAAGAGGUUUUCCUUUGCAUUUGCUGCCAAGAAGUGGUCUAUCAGCCUGUAACCACAGAGUGCCAACACAAUGUUUGCAAGGAAUGCCUCCAACGGUCCUUCAAGGCAGAGGUUUACACCUGCCCAGCCUGCAGACACGACCUGGGCAAGAACAACUCCAUGUCUGUCAACCAAGCCCUGCAGGACAUUCUAAAUCAGCUUUUCCCCGGCUACAACAACGGCCGAUGAUCCUUACUCCAGUCUACUCAGCCCUCAAAGAAGCGCAAUGAAACCUGUAAGGGGAAUUUCCAGUUGAGGCAAUAAAGAGUCAGCUUCUUUUAAUAUAUUUUCUAUGAAUAUAAAGCUACAGGUUUUGUGGGCUUAUAAGCAAGCAUAUUUACUGGCAAGCUGUUAUGUUUGUCUAAUAUUCAUUGAGAAUUCCCGUGAAACUGGUUGAACCAUUACCCUAUUAAUGGCAAUCUCGAUUAAUCCUCCAUAUUUUGUUUACCUACUGCUAAUAUUCCUAAUUUAAAUGUAGCUUUUCUUUUGCCCCAAAUUUCCUUGUGUUCUACACUCAUUGAUGCAACAUUUGGCCAAAAGAGUAAUCUGCUUCCCAAACUGGGCUAAAGAUCCUUCUCUCUAAGGCUAUCAUUAGGUUAUUGAUGUGUAUCGGUUUUGUCAUCAAAUUGCUUAUGGUUGGUUAUGCUUAUUGAGCUUUUAUGAAAAAGUCACACAUGUAAUGAUUUGAUUUUCAUGAGUCCUAACAUAAUUUAAUAUGAAAAUGCACUAAUGUGAUAAACGAACAAGGAAAUUAGGUCUCUAAUUGAUUCAUACAGUGUUGACAAAAACCUUUUUUUUUUUUUUUUUGCAUUUGAGAAAUAGGAGACAAGUGUCUUAUCUGCGAGUUGUCAUUAAAACAUCAACAGUUACUGUUCACUCAAAUUGUCAAACAGGAUUUUUUUUUUAUUAUUGUAGAUUAACUUUAUAAAAUUUAUUACACUUUAUAAAAACAAUUGUUUGGAAAUGAUAUGUAUAUUUUUUUGUCUGGCAGAUUUUUCUUUAGAUUACCCCUUUUUGUGAUUCACUUUAAAAUAGUCCAAAGAUAUGAAUAUGCUUAACCAAGAGUGUAAAGUAGAUGUCCCCUCUAUCUAGCGCUCUAGAUGUUGUCCUUAACACUCAAACCUAAUUCAGCCUAAAGACUUAAUUUGUAUUUUUUUUAUAAAGUUGAAAUGUACACUUAUGCCUUAUCUGUUUAUUGUCAUCUAAUUUGAAGGUUCAGUCUGUUGUCUUCCCAGUGAUGAGAUGUAAUGUUUGACUCCAUUUUAAAAACAAGAAAUGCUUGCAUUUUAAAUGGGGAAAAUGCACACAUUACAGUUUAAUAUUCGAUAUAAACUCUUCAAUGCUGACUUUAACACCCACUUUUAUCCGUUAGAUUCUGUUUGGUCAAGCUCAUCAGCAACGUGCAAAUUAUCUUCAAUGCCAGCAUUUCUUGUACCAAAAUAAUUGCAAAGGCUGGGAAAUGUAUAUUUUUCUGAAAUUGUAAAAAAAAAAUGUUUUAGUCCGUUUUAGAUUUCAUAAGUAGUUUUAGCAUUUAUUGCACACGUUUUGUGCAAAAAUUGUCAUUGUUCAAUAAAAAACUUUAAAAAGA